UUGACAAUUCGCUUCUCUGUUUACUAUUUACCUUAGGACGAGUCUUCAAGUGCACUUUAAUUUAUUGUGCAUCUAAUAAACGUUUAAUUAAUUAAAAUAAUUACAUUUAAUACACAUCAGAGACACACCUUAUAUCUACAGCAUGGGCCGCGCUGAAGUUGGUACGCCCAAGUACCUCGCCAAUAAGAUGAAGGCGAAAGGUCUACAGAAGCUCCGCUGGUAUUGCCAAAUGUGUGAGAAGCAAUGCCGUGACGAAAAUGGCUUCAAGUGCCACACCAUGAGUGAAUCCCAUCAGCGACAGUUGCUGCUGUUCGCCGAUUCACCAGGAAAAUUCUUACAUAGCUUCUCUAAAGAAUUUUCAGACGGCUAUAUGGAAUUGCUGCGGCGACGCUUUGGCACCAAGCGCGUCUAUGCGAACAAAGUUUACCAGGAAUAUAUUUCUGUAAAAGAUCACAUACACAUGAACGCCACACGUUGGCUUACAUUAUCAGACUACGUUAAAUGGCUUGGUCGUACUGGCCAAGUGGUGGCUGACGAAACCGAAAAGGGUUGGUAUGUCACAUACAUCGAUCGUAGUCCAGACGCAUUGGAACGGCAGGCAAAGGCCGAAAAGAAAGAGAAAAUGGAGAAGGAUGAUGAGGAACGUAUGAUGGAAUUUAUUGAAAAGCAAAUAGAAAAGAAUAAAACUAAAGAGGGUGCACAACCGGACGAAGCGGAGAAAUACACCGAACUCAAGCGUGACGAAGAGCAGCCAUUAAAGUUGGAUAUAAGAUUGGAAAGGAAGUUCAAUCCAGAUACCAAGUUAGGGCCGUCUGCGUUAAUACUAAAGCGCCCUAAGCUUGAGACACGUGAUGAGGAAAACUCAGCGGAAGAUGAGGACUCUGAAGUGGAGGAAAAAGUAUUUAAGAAACCGAAAGCGCCUAAGGUGAAUAAACUGAAAGAAACUCAUAGAAACGGUAAAAAAUCAGCACUGGAUGAACUAAUCAAGGAAGAGGAAGCGAAAAAAGAGCGUGCAAAUCGUAAAGACUAUUGGUUACACACGGGCAUAGUUGUAAAAUUCAUCGACAAAGCAAUGGGUGAGAAAUUCUACAAACAAAAGGCGGUGGUGCAGGAGGUUAUCGAAAAAUAUCGUGCGAAAAUCAAGUUUUUAGAUACAGGUGAUAAACUAAAAGUAGAUCAGGCGCAUUUGGAAACUGUCAUACCAGCGUUGGAUAAGCCCAUAUUGGUAUUGAAUGGAGCCUAUCGUGGAUGCGAAGCGAUAUUAAAGAGCUUGGAUGAACGCAACUACUGCGUUACUAUAGAGAUCGCGCGUGGUCCUCUCACAGGACGUGUUGUGGAUAAAGUACAAUAUGAAGAUAUAUCGAAGAUUUAUUAACGAUAAACCAAUUUAAUAUUUUUGUAAAUAAUUUAAGUCAGUUUGAUAUUAAACGGUAUACAAAUUUGCAAAUAAUUAAAAUCAGAAAUAGAAAUUCUCUUAAAAAAUGAAUUUCAAACUAUUUAUGAUAUUUCCUAUUCCGUCGUAGUCUCAACAUGGUCAUUCGUUAGGGCGUUAGUGUAGGUGCAUGCAUGCUAUAAAAUUCGAACAGUUUACAUAUAUUAGAUUUCUUAAUAAAUCAAAGACAUUUCCGUA